AUGAUCAUUACUACUGAUACUACGGCUAGCGUCAGACGCCUUACUAUAUCUUCCUUAAAUACGUCAACCUGGUUGCAAUUAGAUUCUUGCAACCCAAAUCACCGAGGGGACAUCGCUCAUAGUGAGAAAAGAAAGAAACAACACCUUUCUUACAAUCCCAAUGGGAGAGUUCCUACAUUAAUUGAUCAUCAAAACAAUGAUUAUGCGAUUUGGGAGUCGGAUGCUAUUUUGGCAUACUUGACAGACAGAUACAACAAGGAAAGAAAGAUUUCGUUGCCUCAUGAUCAUCCAGAGUACCAUCAUUUGCUUCAGUAUCUGUUUUUCCAGUCUUCAGGUCAAGGUGUCAUUUGGGGACAAGCAUCCUGGUUUAACUUUUACCAUCCAGAACCUGUUGCAUCUGCCAUUACUAGAUACAGGAAUGAAAUAAAGCGUGUGCUCGGUGUUUUAGAAAGUAUUCUCCAAGACAAGGACUAUCUCGUUGCUGACAAGUACACGAUCGCCGACAUGUCUUUUAUUAAUUGGAACGAUUUGCUACCUGCGCUUUUUGGAAAAGGAAGGCAUGAAUUCAAAGAAGAUCUUCCACAAUUGGACUUCGAAAAGGAGUUCCCCAAGACCUAUGCUUGGCAUAAACACAGAUACAACAAGGAAAGAAAGAUUUCGUUGCCUCAUGAUCAUCCAGAGUACCAUCAUUUGCUUCAGUAUCUGUUUUUCCAGUCUUCAGGUCAAGGUGUCAUUUGGGGACAAGCAUCCUGGUUUAACUUUUACCAUCCAGAACCUGUUGCAUCUGCCAUUACUAGAUACAGGAAUGAAAUAAAGCGUGUGCUCGGUGUUUUAGAAAGUAUUCUCCAAGACAAGGACUAUCUCGUUGCUGACAAGUACACGAUCGCCGACAUGUCUUUUAUUAAUUGGAACGAUUUGCUACCUGCGCUUUUUGGAAAAGGAAGGCAUGAAUUCAAAGAAGAUCUUCCACAAUUGGACUUCGAAAAGGAGUUCCCCAAGACCUAUGCUUGGCAUAAACGUCUUACUGAGCGUCCCGCCGUCGCUGCGACCAUAGCGGAACGACAACAAGCUCUUCAACAGUAA